AUGAGCUUAAUUAGAACUAUAUCAGGUGUUAGAGGUGUAAAUGGUGUUACAUUGACACCAAACAUCAUUGUAGAUCAUAUCGUUGCCUUUACAAGAUUGCUUGAGUCACCACCUUACAAUCAAUCACAAAAGACUAUUGUUGUUGGUCGUGACUCUCGUGUAUCUGGUCCAUGGAUCGAAAUGUUGGUCAAUGGAACAUUGGUAUCAUGUGGAUACCAUGUCAUUCAUAUCGAUAUUGCAACCACUCCAACUGUCCAAUUCAUUGUACAACAAACCAACUCGUCCGGUGGUAUUGUAAUCACCAGUAGCCACAAUCCAAUCGAGUGGAAUGGAUUGAAGUUUGUUGGACAUGAUGGUUUGUUCAUUUCACCAGAGGGUUGUGAGAGAUUGUUCCAACUGGCCGACCAGAAGGCCCCAAUCGAGAGGUUCGCCACAUACGACAAGCUUGGACACGUCACCAAGAGGUCUGACUCCAACCAGAACCAUCUGGACGCCAUCUUUAAGCUGCCCUACAUCAACUUGGACAAGAUCCGUCAGAUGAAGUUCAAGGUGUGUCUGGACAGUGUCAAUGGUGCAGGUGGUCCCAUCAUGACCUCCUUGUUGAAUCAGCUGGGCUGCAGCGUCCAUGGAAUCAACAUCGAGCCAACUGGCGUCUUUGCUCACACGCCCGAACCAGUGCCCGCCAACUUGGGUCAGCUAUGCGAGUCGGUCAAGCAGCAGGGUGCGGACUUUGGUAUUGCCGUCGAUCCAGACGUUGAUCGUUGUGUGUUCAUCGAUGAAAAUGGCCAGCCACUGGGCGAAGAGUACACUCUGGCGUUUGCCGUUGAGUUUAUGCUUGGAGAGGUGGGACGCAAGGGCGUCGUCUGCAAGAAUCUAUCAUCAUCUCGUGUCCUCGAUGACAUUGCCAAGAAGUACGGCUCCACUGUGGUCUGUGCACCAGUCGGUGAGAUCCAGGUUGCCCAGCGUAUGGUCCAACAGAACGCCGUCAUUGGAGGUGAGGGCAACGGUGGUGUGAUGCUGCCAGACAUUCACAUUGGACGUGAUGCACCCGUGGCCGCAGUGUUGGCCCUUCAGCUUCUGGCCAACCGUUGCGCUCGCAAGAUCUCACAGUUCAAGGCCACUCUGCCCCAGUACGAGAUCGUCAAGUUGAAGGCAGCCAUCGAGGGAUUGGACCCAGACGCAAUUCUCUCGGCCUACAAGACACAGUACAGAGGCAAGGAGGGCGUGAUCGUCAACGAAGAGGAUGGUCUCAAGAUUGAUGCUCCCGAGUGGUGGGUCCACUUGCGCAAGUCAAACACCGAGCACAUCAUUCGUGUGAUUGCCGAGGCCAAGACCGUUGAGGAGGCUACAGCAAUUGCCAACAAGUUUAUUCAAGAGAUUGAGUCCAGCAGGAAAUAA